AGACACGUUGACGCUCUGGUAUGAAGUUCAAGCACUUGUUCUAGGACGAGAAAUAUUGGAUUACUUUUUGGUAAUAAUCGACAUGGUAUGAAUAAGAUGGGUAGUCGAUUGUUGCGGCAGAGCAAUGUCUUGCUUUUAUGUGCAGAUGAAUGGAAAGCAGCAUGAACAAGAUGAAUGUCUUCAGCAUUCCUUGGCGAAGCUUCCACCACUGUUGAAGCAUGAUCUAUUAAGGCUCUAGGAAUUCCAUUGGGGGCGUCUCGUCUAGCUAUUAGGGGCGUCGAUCUUCUCUGGAAACUGUUUUCAUAUUCACUUAAAAAGCAUUCGCCCAACGAUAGCGAGCGGUGAUAUUCUUCAAGUUAGUUGAGAAAGAACGGUGACCACCAAGAUCAUUUUCGUAGAGAGGCGAGAUGGAUUUCCAGUAGUUUUUCAACUUCUAAAUACAGGGCAUUCCGUACGAGUGAAUUCGCAAGCUUCCACCACUGACGGAACCAGCACACCGAAGCUCUUUGAUACAACAGCAGCAGAGGACGAGUCCAGCAGCUUAGAAGACGAGAGUUCAGAAGACGCUCACAGUCUAGUAGGUACACACGAAAAUGAUGACCAGCAUGGGCAGGAAGAAGAAGAUGAUGCGCAACUCCUACCGAAAGCUGAUGCUUCUAAAGUGCUAAGGUAUUGGCACCAGCAAGGGGUCGAUCGACCGAUUAGCGCAGAAGGCGAACUACAGGGAGUCUUGAGUCUUGAGGAACAAGAGGCGAAAAUGGGGAGAGAGAGAACAAGAGCAUCGGGUUCGCGUGGCCGCUCACCAGCAGCAGCUCGGGGUGCCGCGACCUUUGUUCGACAAAGGCGAGCGAAAAACGCUGCCUCUACUUCAAGAGCUACUUCAAGAGCUUCUUCUGCACAGGAAGAUGAUGUUGUUGCAGGACGAACAAACAGAAACCCGCCUCCAAACAGAAAGCUUUGUCUACCUAAAGGCAAUAGGAGAGACCUCCUUGUUGAAGACGAGAGGGACUCGACAUGCAGCUCACCUUCUUCGCGGUCUAGAGGGACUUCCAGAAAAAAUCAAAAAAUUGGAUCAAGAGCGGGAGAACAACCGAGGCCACGCGGGUAUUGGACUUGGCGAGGCGUACGACGACACUUUCGACGCAUGUUCGGAGAUUUUAAGGAAAUGCACUUUCUCAUGGACGGUCCCGUCAAGCCGCUUCCGGUCAUCGUGCUCCUGUUGCUGGUCUCCAUCUGCGUGCUGAUUAUUCCAGGGUUAUUAAGGCGGUUUGAUAGCAAAAAGCCAGCUCCUUCAAAAUCAAGUAGUUGUAUCUCCGCAUAACAGUAUCAUAAGUCACAGCAGCUUCUUCGAAGCCUCUAACUUUAGCAUUGACACAAACGGAUUUUCCUUCCGGUUGGCUGGGUGAUAUGCAGAAGACAGUACGUUCCGAGUGGCUCACGCGACGUAGAGACGGCCUCGCAGGGGGCCCAGCAAGGGAGCCCAGUGGAAUAGCCUUGUCCUCGUGGACAAGUAGCGAAAAUGAUGGCGAAUCAGUGGUUGCGAAGAUCUUAUCUUCAGCUGGAUCAAUAUUUGCAGGGACUUCCAACGCAUCAAGCGAAGGCUCCUCUCUCACUCUGGCGGUGUCAGCCUUGGUGCAGCAGCCGUAUUUUAUACUCGCGGUGCGUUGCGUGUUCGCAGUGUGGGGAGUCGUUUUACUCGUGAUGAUGUGGCUUCAUGUUUCGUGGGCGCUGCGGUCCUUUACGCUAUGCAGUUGGUCACUGGCAGCACUUCAUAACACAUCCGCAGCAGGAGCAAUGUACAGAGACUAUGUAUUUUAGACGUAUUUCCAUGAUUUACAGGGAAGAAUAGAGUUGAAAGGAGUGUGUAUUUCGAUUUACGUCUAGGCAUUUGCUCGUUUGAAUUCUUCCGUAUAUCAUUCUGCUACAGCGACCUUUAUAAGUGCAUAAAGAAAAAAUUAGCAUUUGUCGGUCUAUCUUCAUUCCGCACUAGGUUAUUGGAUAUGACGCAAGGCGAAGGCAGUGGUAGCGGACCAGUCCUGGAUAUCCUAGUAGCUCUCUACGAAGCGAGCCGAUACCCAGCACUUCUAGGCAAUCUAGUUACGAUGACACUGGGAUUUUCCUGUUUGAUUUAUUUAGCAUUUCUCAAGAUUCAUUUGGGGCGUAAUGUUUUUCCGAUUCUUUCAUCCUGGAAAACAAGAGAGGUUGCAAUCGCAUGGCAUGAGCGUAUAAAUAUGUAUACUCUACUAGGUACGGGUAGAAAGGAAUCCUGUGAUGUCCUUUUUCAUUUUUUUGACCUUCUUCGUGUGGUGGUUUGCCAUCGUGCCUGUUGCACUGGUUCUCCUGGGAAAAGCAAGAGAGGCUCGGAGCAAGCGUACUUCUUCUGAGGAUCGUGGCGCAGGAGUAGACCAAGAUAGUAGUACUACAGUAGCCGAGGACGUCGAAGGUGGCCGUCAGAAAACGUCGUCUACUAUAACUUCUUCUUCACAAACACCUGCGUCAGAAAGUACUAGUAAAAAAGGCAGCAUGAAAACCGCCGAAACGGGUAGCAGGACGGAGUUCCUGCAAAUAAUUCUGUCACCCGUCUUAGUCCAAGUCCAUGGGUGCAACGUAAUUCUCGCUUGCACGGAACAUUUUUUCUUCAAUUAUCGCACACUUCACCUCACGGAUUGGUACUUUUUAUGGCAAGUGAAGUCGCGUCAUUAUCAUUUCAAGCACUACCCUAGAAGUUUUUUACUUGUUGUAUCAAUCCCCCACCCCCUGUCUUUCUCCCAAAAGAAUAUUAAGAAGAAAUAUUACCUCGUAGUACGACGUGCGAUGAAGAGCCCGACUUUCAUUGUAUGGGAUGCUCUUUGUCGCUUUGUAUGGAACGUUUUAUGUUUUUGCGUUGGAAAUGUACGACAUUCACUGGUACAUACCCUUCAAUCCGCGCACGAACUGGGCGGCUCUUGGAUACGUGGCGAUAUUCUUUCUCUCCUGUGCUCUCUGGAAACUAUGCGGAGGUGAGAUGGUCUACUGAAAUUAGCGACCGUCAUUUAUUUUGACACACUGCUGGAACUGUUUUGUCCCGCCAAUGGGCUUCAAGCACUACAUGGGACACCAUGAUGAUGAUGAUGAUUAGCGACUUUUGUCCCGUUCAAAUCCGAACUUUCACAUCAACUUACUACAACACCAACUCAUCGUCUUCAUUUCUGCAUUUACUUCAACCCUUCAGCAACAGCUGCAGCUCCAAAAAAUGAACUUCAACUCUUCUACAAUGCAUUAGAAACGGGUAAUAGCAAGUAAGUGCAACUUAAUACAACUGACCAUAUGCCGUUGCGUGCUGCUGAGCCACAUAUAAGCACACAAUACGUGAGAAUUUAACAAACAACAUCAAGCAGCAAGCAGUGAGCUGCGUUCUUAAGGUACAACCCAGGCAUGCUAUUUCGUUUGUGCGGAAGUGCCGAUUUUUUCAUGUUUCGAUGUCUCUUUUUACAUAGUUACACACCGGUUCACCUAUAACUCGCUUCAAUCAUGUAAGAUAAUGCACGAACUCGCCACGUAUCCAAUCUAGAGAAAGAAACUAGAAAUACUGGAUCUUCAUCAAUAAUUGGUUCGGCUUACAUUGGCAUAAAGGUGGCAACAUUUAAUUUGUCGAUAUUUCAGCCCUUGCAUAGUCGACCACAGUGACUCUGAAUUUUCCUUCUUUCUAUCCCACUGAAGAUGUUUGUUAUCUAUCAUGGUAGCGACCCCAGUACGUUCAUAAUCGGUCUAUUCGUCUGGGUACUUAAUAAGUUGCAGGCAGUACUAUAAUUUGUUGAAAAAGAAAUGUUGUAUGAGAAUAUCUACGACUGUAACAUAAUUUUCGACUACACUAGCGAUUUCGUUCCCCGAGCAGCUAGUACAUUUUCCGCGCUGUCUUCCCUUGUGGGAUCACGAAAGCAUCAUACUCCCUUCUAUUCUGCUUCGUUCACUCUGUCCUGUUGUUUCAUAGCUUUCUAGAUGUCCGCCCGCCAGUCAACAUAGUAAGUUCUAACGACGCCUAAUUUACCUAAGAAAGUUAUCAUCUUUUAAAUGCCCUUGCUCACCCACUUCAUAGGAUUAGAUGUAUGUAACGGCUACAGCACGCAUAAUUGGUUGCAGGAGACGAGGUUUCACUCGAAAGUUAUGUAUCCCAUUAAUUUGUCUUAUUUCGUACACAUCGUUUGAAGUUGAACAGUCUUCGGGGCAUGAUUAUUCUUCAUAGCACAUGCGCAUUAUUAUCAUAUUACGGUCUGGUAUUAUACUAGCACUACAACUACAUGUCCUCCAGCACGAACAAGGAAAAUGGGUUACUGGAUUGGAAACGUAUCUAUUAGAUUUAGGGAUUAAUCCGUUGGUAACAUCCGUCGAGUAGAGCGCUAGUGCGUCAUCGUGUUUGAGUUUCGUGGAUUUAUUCAUCAUAUCUCUAGAAGCAAGUGAAGAAGAUCAGAAAAACUGGUAUUUGUAGGAUAGGGUUUGUCAUUUCGCGACUGAUAAAGGGCGUGGCUGUGUCACGAGAAAGAGCUACACCUAAGAAGUAC